AUGUCGAUAAUGUCCAUGUACCUUACUCCUAACUAUCCAGGAGUUUCAAAGAAGUGCACAAAUUUUGUUGAAAUUAAUCCAGGCAUGUGUGUCAAUUUCUGCUACGUAGAAGGCGGUAAAAAAAUUGCAAUAAUAAAACAAUAUAUAGGUAUUGACUCUUAACAGCCUUCUUAAUUAUCUGAAAUCCACCAGCCGUAUCAGUUUUAAUUGUUCUCAAAAAUGACACUCACAAAUUCCGCAGAAGGGCUAGAAACAUUUCUAAAUCGAAAGUGAUUUUGUGAAACAUCGAAUUUAAGGCAAAAUGCAUCUUACAUUACAUCCGCAUUCUAAAAACAUGGUGUACAAUAUUGCAAGUAUCAAAUGUAUACAUCAAAGGCCUAAAGAAAAAGCUAAUAAUCAAAGUAGCAUAUUUAUGCAGCGAGUAGAAUCGAACAUAAAGCAUUAUAUCUCAUAACCCAUAACAAUGACCAAUGUGAUAAAUGCAUGGAUAAACGCAAACGAAACACAAUUCGAUUCUACAACGAAAACCUAUGGUGACUUGAUCGCUAUGCCAAACUAAUUGUAGUUGUAUUUUAUAAUAGGAAAUGUAAUCACUAAAUGUCACUACUUCUUCAUUAUUCACUAUCAUAAGGUUAUGUUUUUGUAGGUAUAUAUCUAGCUAGGUGUCAUGAGUAGAAACAUAUAGGCCAAUAAUUGUAUCCACAUCUGUUAUCUACAGAUCCUUCGUGUUUAUGAAACUAGUUUUACUUUCGCCCUGGUCCACAAACAACCGUGCUAGAUGGAAGAAGACAAACAAAGCAAUAGAGGAUUACAAAAGUAAUUUGACUUUCUUAGAAAAUUCCCUUCGAUUGUGAAAGUUUGUUUUAUUGUAUUUGUAAUGGAUGGAAAUAAAAAUUGUGUGAGAUCCAGGAAUGGUAUGAUAAUUUCUAUCUAGUCAAAUAUGACCACAAAUCAAAACAUUUAUGGUGUAUGUAAGUUCAACAAAUACCAUAAGAAAAAUAAAAAACCGGACAGUCCUUUUCACGUAAUUCAAGAAGUUAAUCUCUAACUGUUUUUUUUUUGAGAGGCCAUUUUAGAAGAAAUUGGUGAACUACUUUCAUAAAAGUGAAGGCCUAUGUAUUCACCAAGAACCCAACAUUGUUGUUUUCUAAAAAGGCUGAUUUCACCGCUAGGUCAACUUUUUAGACUUUUAUACGACGUUCACAUCAGUUGUUCCAAAUAAUUGUUCAAGAUGGAAUGAUUUUUAUUACAUUUUUUAUCAUUUCAUCUGAAUCACUUGGACAACUACGAUGAAUAAUAUUCAUAGAUAUGUUCUGAUCCGCUCGGAAUUCCAAAACAAGGUGUAUGAUACUCAUGAAUAAUUAUGAGCUAUCAAAACGUUUUCGAAUACUGCUCCGCCAAAUUAACCAGUGGAUCAAUAUGUAAAUAAACUUUAGGCAAGAUUACCUUGAUAAUCAAAUACUCUGUGUGCGUGCUAUGUAAUGAAGUUUGAGAUUUUUUUAAUAUCAGUUUUCAGUAUAUUUGGAUUGAUAGUGGAUGAAUUCUAACACCAACCGUUGAAGAUCAUAAUGGUGACAAAAAACUUAUUUAUUAUAUCGUUUGACCCACUCUCGACCAUUCACUAUAAGUCCUUUUGUAAAGGAAAACAAAUUAAUUCGAUAUUGAAUUUCGUUAGCUUUAAUUGUUUGAAGCAUUGUAUGUUCAAAACUAUAAUCCAUGUUAUGUAGAGACAGAAUAUAUUAGGUGAAUUACUGAUUAUCAAUAUAAGUAUUAAAGUACAAUGUUUAUUUAAAGGACCAAAAUAAAUAACUAUUUGCUAUAUUAUAUGUUAUGUUAAGCAUGUUACAUUUGUUAGUUAUAUGCUCCAUAUUACUUUAUUUAUACCUACUUGAAAUAUUUUUAAAAUAGUCGCAUAAUCUAUAAGUGAAUAUAUGUGUAAAAUUAUUUAAAUAGAUUUUAACCAAUGUAUUCCAGUUAUUUUUACUUUUACCAAAAAAAACGGAAGGAAAUACGCCCCACCACUGUACAUUGUACGAUUUAUGAGUUUAAAUAAAUGUAUUCCAGUUGU